AUGGCCAUCAAACCAUUAACGCAGCCUUCUUCCGCCUCCUCCGCCGCCAUUAGUCUAUCGAAAAUCGCGGUUUCCAACACGCACGGCGAGGACUCUCCGUACUUCGCCGGGUGGAAAGCCUACGAUGAGAAUCCGUACGACGAAUCUUCCAACCCUUCCGGCGUUAUACAGAUGGGGCUCGCGGAAAAUCAGGUUUCAUUUGAUCUUCUUGAGAAAUACCUUGAGAAGAAUUCCUCUGACCCCACCAGCAGCGGGAGAGUUUCUAGUUUUAGAGAGAAUGCUUUGUUUCAAGAUUAUCAUGGUCUACUAUCUUUUAGAAAGGCAAUGGCGAGCUUCAUGGAGCAAAUAAGAGGCGGGCGGGCAAAAUUCGACCCGGAAAGAAUCGUGAUCACGGCAGGAGCAACCGCCGCUAACGAACUUCUCACCUUCAUUUUGGCUGAUCCAGGCGACGCCUUGCUCGUCCCAACUCCAUACUAUCCAGGCUUCGAUAGAGACUUACGAUGGAGAACCGGCGUCCACAUCGUCCCCAUCCACUGCGACAGCUCCAACGCCUUCGAGAUCACCCCGUCCGCCCUCGACUCCGCCUACUCCGACGCGGAGUCGAGGGGCCUCCGCGUGAGGGGCGUCCUCAUCACCAACCCCUCGAACCCGCUGGGAGCCACCGUGAAGCGCGCCGUGCUCGAGCACGUGCUCGACUUCGGGGCGCUCAAAAACAUCCACCUCGUCUCCGACGAGAUCUACUCGGGCUCCGCCUUCUCCGACCGCGAGUUCGUCAGCAUCGCGGAGGUCCUCGAGGCCCGGGGCGGCCGCGGCUCCGAGAGGUGCCACAUCGUGUACAGCCUCUCGAAGGACCUCGGCCUCCCCGGGUUCCGGGUCGGGACGAUCUACUCGUACAACGACGCCGUUGUGACGACGGCGAGGCGGAUGUCGAGCUUCACGCUGAUCUCGUCGCAGACGCAGCAGCUUCUGGCGACGAUGCUCUCCGACGAGGAGUUCACGGCGGGGUAUAUUGAGACGAACCGGGAGAGGCUGCGGAGGCGGUACCGGAUGAUCGUGGAUGAGCUGGGCCGGGCCGGGAUCGAGUGCUUGAAGGGGAAUGCGGGCUUGUUUUGUUGGAUGAAUUUGAGCCCGUUUUUGAAGGAUGAGACCGUUGAGGAGGAGUUGGCUUUGUGGGAGUGUAUUUUGAGGGAAGUCAAACUUAAUAUUUCUCCCGGGGUGUCGUGUCAUUGCGCGGAGCCCGGGUGGUUUAGAGUAUGCUUCGCGAAUAUGAGCGAGCAGACGCUGCAAGUCGCGCUUGCCAGAAUACAUGAUUUUGUCGAGAGAAGAAGAGGGAAUCAGUAAACGGGAACCAUUAUUGA